UUCAAUAUGGCCGCCCAUUUUGACUGCACAUCACGUGGUUAGACCUGCCUACGUCACUUCCGGGUCCGGCUGUCUGUCUUCCUGGUUUCUGUGCUGUCCCUCUCGGUUAGAGAGAGAUGCUAUAUACCGGCGAUAGGUCUUUUCUUUCUCUAUCAAUUUUGGCUACCAAAUUGCUUUCCUUCUACACCUGUCUCCAUCUACGAUGCUAAACAAAAGCUCCUUCACUACCCUAGUGGUUGGUGUGUUUAUUGUAUAUGUUGUUCAUACCUGCUGGGUAAUGUAUGGCAUCGUCUACACAAAGCCCUGUGAAAGCCACAGUGACAACUGUAUCAAGCCAUAUUUAUCUAAGAGACCGAAGCUCCAGUUAAGUGUAUAUACUACCACAAGGACUAGUAUUAGCGCUGAGAAUAAUGUCGAUUUGGUUUUAAAUGUUGACAACUUUGACGUAGAGUCAAGAUUUGAAAGAACUGUGAAUGUAACUGUUCCAAAGAAAACCAGGAAUAAUGGGACGUUGUAUGCCUAUAUAUUUCUACACCAUUCUGGAGUCUUACCCUGGCAUGACGGCAAACAGGUGCACAUAGUGAGCCCACUAACUACUUACAUGAUUCCUAAGCCUGAAGAGGUUAAUCUUAUCACAGGAGAAACGGGCACCCAGCAAAUUGAUACCGAAAAGAAAGAAUCCAAUGCUUUGGAUGAACCAGUCUCUCAUUGGAGGUCCCGGCUCACUCUGAAUGUUAUGGUGGAGGAUUUCAUUUUUGAUGGCUCUUCGCUACCUGCUGAUGUUCAUAGAUAUAUGAAAAUGAUACAGUUGGGAAAAUCUGUUCAUUAUCUUCCCAUAUUAUUUAUUGAUCAGCUAAGUAAUCGAGUAAAGGACUUGAUGAUGAUAAACCGCUCCACCACAGAGCUUCCCCUUACUGUUUCCUAUGACAAAAUAUCUUUGGGAAAACUUCGCUUUUGGAUUCAUAUGCAAGAUGCUGUUUACUCUUUGCAGCAGUUUGGUUUCUCUGAAAAAGAUGCAGAUGAAGUAAAGGGGAUUUUUGUGGACACCAACCUUUAUUUUCUAGCUCUUACCUUUUUUGUAGCUGCUUUUCAUCUUUUAUUUGAUUUCCUAGCAUUUAAAAAUGACAUCAGCUUUUGGAAAAAGAAGAAGAAUAUGGUUGGGAUGUCCACAAAAGCAGUAUUGUGGCGUUGCUUUAGUACAGUCGUAAUUUUCCUCUUUCUUCUGGAUGAACAAACCAGUUUAUUGGUAUUAAUUCCUGCUGGCGUUGGAGCUGUAAUAGAGGUGUGGAAAGUUAAGAAAGCCUUGAAAAUCACAUUCCAAUGGAGAGGUCUGCUUCCAGUAAUCCAGUUUGGAACCUGCAGUGAAUCAGAAAGGAAGACUGAAGAGUAUGAUACUCAGGCUAUGAAAUACCUUUCUUAUUUAUUAUACCCUCUGUGUCUGGGUGGAGCAGUCUAUUCACUUUUAAAUAUAAAAUACAAAAGCUGGUAUUCUUGGCUGAUCAACAGCUUCGUGAACGGUGUUUAUGCAUUUGGAUUCCUCUUUAUGUUGCCUCAGUUAUUUGUAAAUUAUAAGAUGAAGUCUGUGGCACAUUUACCAUGGAAAGCGUUCACGUAUAAAGCAUUUAACACAUUUAUUGAUGACAUAUUUGCCUUUAUUAUAACCAUGCCAACAUCACACAGACUAGCAUGUUUUAGAGAUGAUGUGGUCUUUCUCAUUUACUUGUACCAAAGAUGGCUUUAUCCUGUGGAUAAGACUAGAGUAAAUGAAUAUGGGGAAUCCUAUGAAGAAAAACCAAAACGGAAGCCACAUAUAAACUAAAUUUCAUUGAUAUGGACUACCUUAUCUCUUACUUGAAAGAUAUGGUGUGCAAUGAAGAAAAUAGUGAAGUUAUCAAUGAGUAUUUUGAAUGCUGUGGCAAACCUAUCUGGACAUUGUACUGUCCCUGUUGCCAAAAUCCUAAAAUGUGUUUCUUAAAAAAAAAAAAGUUUCCCACAGCUUUCCUUUUGCUUUUGUCUUUAAUUUAUUUUAUACCAGGCAAAAUGGAGUUACCAGAAAUAAAAAACAAACAGUAAUACUGUUUAGUUUCCUAUUUAAGAAAGAAAAAAUUCCAUGUACAAAGACUGCUUUCCAUCCAGAGACUAUAUGCAUUCCUCAAUAUUUGGGACUUUGGUACACUGAAGCUCUGGCUGACUGUAAAUAAUAGUUAAAAAUAGGUAGUUAAAGGUAGCGAAUUACGUCAUCAACAUUCCGUUGCUCUUAUCUACAUGAUAUGUAGAAAACAUGCUAUAUCAAAACUUGAAAGAAACAAAAGUUUUAUCAAGAAAUGGACAACUGGGGUCUUAGCUUGAAGUAAUAUGCAUUUAAUAUGACACUUUGCAUUACUGUUGAAAUGAUGUGCAUCGGUUCUGGUUUUCCUCACUUCAUAAGCAUGUUAUGACUGGAGCAGCAUGUUUUUAGAUAAAUGUUUUGACUAUUACCUGGAUAAUAACUGUCAUUUACUGUUCUUUACUUUAAAGGGAUCCUUUUAUUUAUUUUUAUCUUUUUAUUUCUUGUUCAAAAAAAAUCUAAUUACCGUAUUUAUCGGCGUAUAACACGCACUUUUUA